GUCCGACCAUUAAUAGUUCAAUGAAACUAUGGCUCUGUGGGCGCGUUCAUCAGCAUUAAUAUUAAGCCUGGCUCGUCCGGGGUUACAAAGUGGAAGCUUUAAUCGCUAUCCGGUCAUCGCUCAGGGUCUGGUCAAGAGGAGUCAUCAAACCGAUUCCACUGAAUCUAAAUACCAAUCCAUCACUUCCAACCUCAAGGAUAUCUCUCAGAGUGCUCGAGAAGAGGCCAAGAGCAACCUUGGCACCGUCGUCAGUGCGGUCAGUGGUCUCAAGGGAGCUACUGAUCCCUCCACUCCUUCACAGGGUGUCAACCCGGGAAGAAAUCCUGCAGAAAACCCUGCUCAGAGCUCGGCGAUGGCUUCUAACUUGACUUCGUUGCUUAAAUUGGUGCAAGAAGUACCCCGUGGAGCGUUGAUAUUCGGGUCAGCCGGCUUGGUCCCAUACUUUGCGACUUCCUUCACCACCGUGUAUCUUGCUCGUCAGGCUUUUCUUGCGGAACGUGGAUUGCCGGCCAAGUUUGACGUCGAUACCGCACUGGCUCUGCUUUACCAUAACGAGAACUUGCAGGUGACCUAUGGUGCGGUGAUUCUAUCCGCAUUAGGCACGAUUCACUGGGGUAUCGAUUUUGCUUUUCGAGGUAUGCACGCCAAUCAAGCUGGUCAGCCCCAGGGGACUGAAAGAUAUUGGCUCGGGGCUUUGCCGGUGGUCUUGGCAUGGCCGACGCUGCUGUUACCAAACCAACUAGCUCUUGCCUCACAAUGGGCGGCAUUUACCAUUGUCUGGUAUGCGGAUAUGCUUGCAACCAGUUGGGGAUGGACCCCUCGAUGGUAUUCGACCUAUCGCUUCGGAUUAACGGCGAUCGUCGGUAGUAGUUUACUAGUCACCUUGGGCGCAAGCAGUUACUGGUCUUUGGAUGACGUCGAAUAUGCUUCGAUGAGCAAGAAAUUACAAGCAAUCCAAGACGACCAACUCUCUCAACACAUUCACUCCGAGGACGGAAGCGUUGGGGGUGGUAGGGUGGAAGGGGUGAUGAACAAAGAUACACCGAUGGGAAGUGUCAGCGGAGAUAAAGCUUUUGUAAAAAUCACUGACGUGGCUGGUGCGAAGCGCAAGCAACUGGAGAAGGCCGAAGCUUGAAUUCAGAAAACAUUUUUUUUUUAAAAAAAACAAGCAAAGACAACGUGCCUUUAGCUUAGCGUGUAUAACAUAUUGGCAGUGUUGUAUUGAAAUUUGCAUGAAUUUCUAUAUAUUCAAUGUACAUUUUUCUGUUAUCACUCGCAUGAGAUUCUAUGACGAUAAGGAAACCGAAUGUUAUGGUACUUGUAUGCCCAGCUCGACUUCUACCCACCAAUUAUCUGCUUCCCAACCGUGACGUUUGAUAAGACACCAGUCUUUCUGAGGAGGGGGA